AUGUUCAGAUUUCGAAGAGCCAUUAACCUAUUUAAUAGAAAAGAUGGAUUCAUUACUAAAUUGAAAAACAGACUUCUUAAGGAAGAUGAAGAAGAAAAAUAGAUAAUUCCUCAUUAAACUAUGAAACAACCACUUAAUGUGAAAUAAGAAAUUGAGCAGUUCAUUUCAUAAUAAACAGAGAUUAGUGAUUUGGAAAGAAUCAGAAUGAAGAAUUUAGAUAAUAAGCUUGGCACUAAUACACAUUUUCAUGAAAUACAAUCAUAUGAAGAAAGAUUGGAUUCAGAUAAUGUGAUGAGAAGAUAAGUCUUGGCAAGAAGAGAACUACAAAAAGAGAAAGAUUUAGCAGUUGCCCAUUUGUUCGAUCCAGAUCCCCAAUAGAAAAUUAAGACUCCUUGGAUUCGUAAUAUCAAUGAUUUCACAUCUGAGGCUAUCAAAUAAAGUACUAAUCUAUUUGCAAUAUUUUAGUUCCUUAUCCUAAGCAUCCGAAAGUGUUUUAAGAAGGCGAUUUCUUUAGAUAUUUUGGAGAAAAGCACUAUGAAGUUGAUAAAGUAGCUCAAUUUGAUUUUUCAGAAUCACUGUAUACUUAAUUAGUCCAAAUCUAAACAUUGAAAAGGGAAGAAACAGUGAAACAUAGAUACUUUGAAUUAUUGGAUUGCUAUCAGAAUAUUCCAAUUGUUUUUAAUCAAUACACAUACUUCAGCAAAGAUUCUAAAGAAGGUCAUCCAGUUUAUAAUAUAUACAAGAGAAAAAAUGAAAGUAAGAGUUUAUAAUCUAUUUAAUGAGAGCAGCAAUUUAGAAAAAGAACUUAUUAAAGAUGAUGAUGAACUUGUUUUUAGUGGCAAAAUAAUAGCAGAUCUGAUUCCGAAACAUUAUGAAGAUUUAAUACUAGAUAUUGAAGUAUUAGUCAUAUUUAAAUUUAAAGGAAGAGAAGUUUCAAUCCUUAUAUAAGGAAUUCUUGCCUAAUUCAACACAUGAUAUAUAUGGAUGUAUAAUCGAACAACUAGGUUUAAGUUUCUUAAUUAUUCGUUCUGAUAAGAUUCAAUUGGUUCUAGAAAAUGUCUCCAACACCUUUACUUUUAUUGAUAAUUAUCUUUACUACAUAGAAAAAUCUGAUCUUGAUCUCUAAAAAUAUGUAUUAAAAUUAAAUUUGCAGAAUUUUGAAGAAAGAAGCAUUGUCUAUUAAAUUUCAGCUGGAGAACAUGUAAAAAUCAAGAAUUUUGGAGUUGGAAAAGCUGUAAUAGAAAUUUAGAUGGCUAAUGAAAACAAAUUUAUUGAUCUAAAUGGAAAUGAUAUUGUUUCUUAUAAGGAAGGCUAUAAAUUCAGCAUAGAUUUAAAUGCAGUUAAUACAUUUAUUAGUUAAGCACCCUUAGAGGAAUAACCAAAAGAAAUUCGAACAUAAGAGGGUCAACUUGUCUAUUAAUGUAAACAAGGUGGUAUCCAAUCAUUUAGUGCAAAUAAUCAUUUUUUGGCCAUUCAUGAAAGAAAUUCAUAAAAUUUUAUACCAGAUAAACUAAUAAUUCUUAAAGAAAAGAAGAAUCAUGAAUUACUGAUAUAGGAAUCCUAAUAUUCAAUAAAUUUGGAACCAACUCAGAUUAAAGAUUCAAAUAUAUUAUAUUUUCAUUUGAUUUGCCCUUAUAAGCCAUUCCAAAUAUUGAAAUAUAAUAUUGAUAUAAAGGCAAUAUCUUUACACUUCUCAGAAUAAUUACCAGGAUUUGAUCAUACUAGACUUUAAGUUGAAACGUUCAAGAUAUCAGAUGAAUUUAACGUUUGUGUAUCAUUCUUACAGGACCUGCCAGUGCAGUUUGUUUAAAUACAAUUAAUAGAUCAAAAUUAAUUUGAAUCUUUAAAUUAAGAAGAUGUAAUACUUUAUGAGAAUGGAUUUGCAAUAUGCUAGAUCAUAGUUAAUCCAAGUUGCUAAUAAUAAGUUUUCGACAAUCUUCAAAGGGUCUUUCAAGAAGUUUCUGUACUUUCUGAUAAAAUAAUGUUAAAAACUAAGGGAGCAUUGUCUGGUUUGAUUGGCAGUUAUACGCACUUCUUUGUUCAAUAGUUUUAUGCAUUUUUAUGCCAUGUAAUAGAAUUAUCAAAUAGUUUAGAAUGGAUUAUUUGAUAAUUCACAAAAAAUGAUUGAUUUGCCGAUAAGUUCAUACGAUAUUACUAAGGUUCCUAGCCUGAGAAACACCUUUAUAAGUUACACUUUGAAUGACGAAUUGACAUAUCAAUCUUAGAAAAUGGUUGCAUUGUUGAGAGAAAACAAAGACAACGAAGUAGAUUUGAAGUAUUAAAUUUAUUAAUAGUGUAGAAAGGAGUUUGGGGUUGUGUUGUAAUAAUGUGAGUCAGAUGUAGAUGAGGCUAUAUUUAGACUAACAUUUAUAAUGUCUAUUUUGUGA